AUGGAAUGUAAAUAUAAAAGGAAUAUUUUAGACGGCAAAGCUUUGCUGUUUGAUGAUAAUGGGAUUUGUCUGCUAAACGCCACUUUUGUGAAUGGAAAUAUCGAAGGCGAUGUUGAAAUUUAUGAUGGUGGUAUUCCUAUCUUCUUUGGUCAGUUUGCGCAAAACGAGAAAAAUGGCUAUGGUUACGACAAGAGUCAUGGCGAAAUCGUAUAUGAAGGCUAUUAUAAAGAUGGUAAGCGCAAUGGAAUCGGUCGAGAAUAUGACGAGGAAGGAAAUGUGGUUGCUGAUGUAGUCUACGUGGAUGGAAAAAAGUUAAAUGCUUCUGUGGUGGUCGAGUCAGGAAAAUAUGUGAUGUAUCUGUACAAUGACAAAGACCAGUUGGAAUCGAAUGGCGUGAUCGACGAAUCCACUGGGAAAUAUUGCGAUAUUGUGUACCGCUACCAUUCGGAUGGAACGGUUUCUGACAUUUGCCAGUUCGAAAAUGGGCGCUUAUUCCGCAUUCUCCAGCGUUUUAAAGGAUCUGAGAUGUCGGAAUUCGAUAAAAGCGGGAAUUUGAUUUAUAAAGGGGGAUAUGGAGAAAGUGACGAUGGAUUCUGCCGUGAAGGGAUUGGAACGGAGUACGUGCUGGGCAAGAUAGUCUAUCAUGGGGAUUUCGAGAAGGGCGAACGAAAUGGGAAUGGCCGAGAGUUUGAAGGAGGGAUGUGUGUGUAUGAGGGAAAGUUUCGAAAUGGUUUGCGCGAUGGAAAGGGAAGGUUGUUUCGAAAGGAUGGAACCUUGGAGUUUGUGGGGAUGUGGAAGGAGGGGGAGAAAGUGGAGGAACCCGUUCAGGAGGAAACGGAGAAACCGGAGGUUCCGCUGUAUCCGGAAUCGAUUCCUUCUUGGAUGAAGUGA